GGGUGUGUUACGGUCAUAACUGCAGCUACUACCGAACACCCCAUUGGCCGGUGAGUGCCAUUUUAUAGUAGAAAACGCAAACGCGAGCACGAGUGAAAACUAAUUUCGACUUCGCUGCCCCCCGGCGAUUGUGGUCCAAACGGAAAAGCGGGUGAGGGGUGGGGGAGGUGAACAACAGCAGCAACCGAGAGAGCGCGCAGCUGUAGCGAGUGAGCAAACGACCUUGAUCUUGGGAAAGUAUUGCUUCGGGCCCGUCGUUGACGUCGUCGGUUGCGAAUUCGCAGCGCGUUCCACUUGCGCACCGUCUGACCGAUCCGGGCGCACAAGACAGCAAAACGAUACCACAAGACGACAGUCAACAACCGGCGGUCAAGUGGCGAGCAUCAUUCGAAACGGAAUCGGAAUCGUGAAAGGGAUUUGUCGCGGCCGCGCUCGAGUCCUCGACGGUUCAACGGCUGGAUUAUAGAGAGGGAUUAAGGGUAAGCGCCGAUUUGGGACAAGACGUGAAGCGGGCCCGCGCGCGUGUCUGUGUGUGUGUGUGAUUGACAAGUUGUGACCAUCAGCAGUACGUGCAUGAGAUGAAUCUGAUGCCGGUGGGACGGUUUGGCCCCGGGUGUCACGAGAAGAUUGGCACCGUUUCCCGGAUGCUACCGGACGUCGCUUCGGUCGGUUUCUACCGUGGCACCUGUCGUAAAGAUUCGUCCGGAGGUACCAACCAUAGCAGCGAGCAGCAGCAGAACGAGCAGCAGCUGAUCGGAGCGCCACGGAACCGGCGCUACCGGCGGUACGACGAUGCUGACCGUGGUAUCGAGGACGACGAUAAGCAGCGGGCGGCGAUGGAGGAGCAUCACGAUCAGGAAGAAACGAACGGCGACGACGACGGUGACGGUGACGACGGUGAGGACGAGAUCGACCUGAGCCGGUUUGCCAGCGAGAAAGAUACCCGGGCGUACUUCAAGCGAAAGCUGGCCAUCUUCGAGGCGUCGAUGAUGACGCCGGCCACGGCCAACCGCCGGUUGGCGGCACGCAAGAUCGCGAUGGAAACGUAUGGUGGCUACGAUUGGGGCGAUGCAUUGGAGGAGGAUGGCGAUCGCGACGAGGUGGAUUGCAUUCCACCGAAACAGCUGCUAAUGUAUCUGGUCAGAAUGGGCUCCUUUACGUCGGCACCACAAAUUAAAAACGUGGACUAUCAGGAUGAUAAGCUGGAGAUCACGGACGGUAUGUCGAUGGCGGAUUUGCUCGAGUACUGCCGGAUAGCGAGAGGUGAGGACCGGCCACCGCUGGUGAAGCGAAAGUUCCUCAAACCGGUUGAACAGCUAAACACCGGCAGUGAUCUGACGGAUGGGUUUAAAAUGCUGAAAUUGGAUGCCAUUUCAAAGACAUGCAGUGAACCGGCUUUAACUGCACCGCAGCUUCGGAUAUUCCAGUGGAACAUGCUCUCUCAAACACUCGGAAUGCAUAACGAUGGCUUCGUACGCUGCCCCCUGGAAGCCUUGACGUGGGACUGUCGGCGUUAUCAGCUGGUCGAAGAAAUUAUUCAAAAUGAUCCCGAUAUCAUCUGUUUGCAGGAGGUGGAUCAUUUUAAGUUUUUACAAAAAAUCCUCGCUACCCAAAACUACGAGGGAGUAUUCUUCCCGAAGCCCGACUCGCCGUGUCUGUACAUUAACGGUAACAACGGUCCGGAUGGGUGUGCCGUGUUCUAUCGCAAGGAUCGGCUCGAGAUGGUUAACCACUUUACGCGCGUGCUGGAGGUAUGGCGCGUCCAGAGCAACCAGGUUGCGAUAGCGGCCGUCUUGCGAACGCGCGACACCCAGCAAGAGCUGUGCGUUACGACGACCCAUCUGAAGGCGCGCAAGGGCGCGCUAUUGUCGAAACUACGGAACGAGCAGGGCAAGGAUUUGCUGCACUUCAUCGAUGGGAUCGCCCAAAACCGUCCGGUCAUCCUGUGUGGUGACUUUAAUGCCGAACCGAUCGAACCAAUCUACAGUACGGUGCUAAACUAUCGGCCACUCGGUCUUGCCAGUGCUUAUGCCGAUCUGUUGGCCAGCGAGGCGCAUGAUGAGAACAAUCAAAAUGCGGCCAAUGCAGGCCGGGGGGCGGUACGUGCCGAUCGCGUUAGCAGUCGGAGUAGCAUCGGAUCUUGCAACGGCGAAGAGUGUGGUCAGGCGAAUGGUGGUGCACGGACGAGGGCAGAAGAAUCUGCCGCCCAUGAGCCAGCGUACACAACGUGGAAGAUUCGUGAGGAGGGUGAGGUGUGCCACACGAUCGAUUAUGUUUUCUACUCCCAGGAUAAGCUCACGGUGAGAAACUGUCUCAUGUUUCCUUCCGGUGAGGAAAUCGGUGUCGAUCGAACUCCCAGCUUCCAGUAUCCUUCCGAUCAUUUCUCCCUCGUGUGUGACAUCGAGCUGCAGGGCACGCCGGCGGAUCAGACAGCACAGUCGACAGACACUGCUAAAGAUCCGGUUCCGAACCAUCAGCUGUAGCUGGGGCCAGUUCUGUAGUACGCAAACACACUUCACAAUUAGAAAAUGGUAUUCUCUGAUGAAGAUGGGUCCCAUGGCAUGGCGGAUCGAUGAUGUACAUUUAUGAAAAAACGAUUCUUUUUUUAUGUUUGUGAUAGUAACUGUGAUUGUGUAAGGAGGAUGCAGGGGACAAAAUGCAAAUUAAGGUGUCAGACACACAUACACACGUACAUGCACACGCACAUAUUACAUAAGACAUUACGCCGCUGGACUAGGGCUUCUUUUGUUUAGGUUUAAGGUUUUCUAUUUUGUUGUGGCGCUUUCUGUUCCUUCUCGAGUUCAGUUCUAAAUUGUAACAUUUUCCUAACCGAUUUUGGCCAUAACUACCGGAAUGUUGUGCGAUUUAAGCGAGCAGAAGUUAAGCUUAAGUCGAACGUAAGCAAGUAAGUUGGUAAUAGUUCAUGGUCUAGGCUGUUUAGGACGGUAACGGGCUACCAAGUAACCCAGUAGUAGUAAUCAAAUUGAAAAAAAAAGAUGGAAACGAAUGAACAAAUAUUUAUAUUGCAAGGAAUGGACGGUUAGGGAGUAAGAGC